AUGAACAAAUAACUAUUAUUACUUGCUUUUGUAUUAUUUGCAUCAUAUGCAAAUGCUUAAUGUGCUACUAAUGCUCAAGGAAAUGUAGGUUCUUGCAUGUGCAAUCAAGGAUAUUAUGGUAUUAAUGCUGAAAAUGGAGGUACUUGUAAUUAGUGUCCUUCUGGAACUACAACUGCUUCUCCUUCUUUAUCUGCUGGAGGUAAUACAAAUGCUAGUGCUGAUUUAAGUGUAUGCAAUUAAUGUUAAGCUAACUACUAUAUGACUGCUGCAGCUGCUGCCGCUUCUAAUGGUAAUGCUGCUUCUGCUGCAUAAUGUUCUAGCUGCCCUACUGGAACUGGAAAUAAUGGAGUACAAAACUAAGGUGAUGUUUCUUAAUGCAAUAUCUGCUAAGCUAAUUAUUACUAAACUGCUGCUGCAGUUGCUGCUUCUAAUGGAGUUACUGCCGCUGCUGUUACUUGUUAAUCUUGCCCUAAUGGAAGUACUUCUGCUGCUGGUGCAGCUCAAUAAGCAAGUGACUGCUAAUAAAAUUAAACCACUAACUCAAAGAUCUUAUUUGCAUCUUUGUCUAUUUUAAUUGUAUCAAUGUUUGCUUGA